AUGUCCCUGCUCGGUCUUCCUCUCGACAUUUUAACCUUUCUGCCGGCAUAUUUCGACAAUCUUCGAACACUGAUACAGUUACAGGCCACGUGCAGGGCUCUGUACGCUGCUCUCGAACGAAUCUCACCCAGAACAAUUCUGGCGCUUGCUGUGCGGUCAGAUUUCAAGCAGUCAAAGGCAUGGGGGAGUCGGCCGUGGGUUCAUACCCUCGCUUUGGCGGUUGCAGGUCAGGUCUCUGACUGGGCUGUCGGGGACCUUGCGCGUACAACAAGACUCCAAGGUGCCUUUCAACAUGGCUCUCGAGGAAUCUUAAUGCUCGCCCUGGAAGUGGCAGGGUUGACCCUAGCUGACCUUCGCGACCUGUGUGUCGAUGAUAGCAGCAGUAACAGCGGCCCCGGGCCAUAUAUGGAGAAUUAUUCAAGUCCAGCAGGAGGGCAUGCUUGA